UACAGUAUAAUGUACAGUGUAAUGUACAGUAUAAUGUACAGUGUAAUGUACAGUAUAAUGUACAGUAUAAUGUACAGUAUAAUAUACAGUGUAAUAAUGAUGCAUGAACUGAACUGUGAAGCGCAGCUUGUUAAGAUGAUUAUGAGACGGAGGAUGUUGCACAGCAGUAACAGAAGUGUUGAUAAAUCAAUAAUCAAUAGAUUGAACUGAAAACAGAAUAUCGCACAGCUAUGUGAAGUGUUGAUAAGAACGAUGGCAGCUCCGCUGGGACGGCAGGAUCCAGAUCAGAGACAGCCGGGGCAGAAACCGGACGUUUGGUGUGUUCAGGGAUCAUGGCUGGGACCCAACUUAGAUUUAUUUAUUUGGGGGUAUAGAGUCCUGGGAGGGCAGAGCACCUGAACAUGUAGCAGGUAAGGCCAGGAUGUCCCGGUGCCACUUCGGGUCCAGUAUCUUCGGGUCCAGUAUCAUGUCUGGAGGAUGAAUCAAGAACCCGUUUGAUGUAGGAAAGUGGAAGGAGGGGCUUCUGAUGCAAUAGGAACUGCAGGUAAAGGCUGAUGCAGCCAGGUAAAGGUAGGCUGCAGCAAGUCCGAGGUGGAACAGGUCCUGGCUCUGCCUCGUCAGCUGGGAACAUGACUGUGUGCAGGUGAUGAGACAGCUGACCGCAGGUCAACACGGCCCGUUACAUCAGGCUGCAUUACGGUGUGAAGCGGAGCAGCAGCGACAUCACCGUGAAACAUCUGGCAGACACAGAGACCAUCGCCCCGGAGCACCGGGGGGGCCGGCAGGGAGCGGCGACCCAGCGGGCUGAACACCUCCAGGAGGCGGCAGCAACGCAACACCGAAGGAGGAGGAGGAACUGAGAGAGCAGACCGCCUGUUGCACCCGGACACAGAUUCGGUGACACCGCAGCGUCCGACAGCAAAACAGAACCGACCAGAGAGUUUGUGAAUGAAUGAAACCAACAGGACGGACUGAAACGGGUCUGUUGACGGGCUAACGGGCUAACAAGCUAACGGGCUAACAAGCUAACGGGCCAUUAGAAAAGAAGCGGCAGGAACAUCAACACAGUCCGGAUCCAGAAGAGGACUAGAACAGCUCCGACCCGGUCCCGGCCGGUCCCGGCAGCAUGCAGGCGGAGUUUCGGGCUCCCCGGAGACGCACCCGGGUGCGGGAGGAGUACGAGGCUCCGCUGCCGGUGAGCCGCAGCCCGGAGGAGAGGAGCGACUUCAGGGCGGAGCUCAUCAACCAGCACGUGCUGGUCUGUCAUCCGGACCACAUUCAGAAGAUCCACAACCAGGGGUAUUUUGGUAAAGGCAUCCUGUCCAGAGCCAGACCGGAUCACAGCAUCUCUGACCAAUGGGAGCAACACGAAGGUGUGUUUCUACCUGUCGUCUCGCAGUCCAGGUAUGAUGAGCUCCUCAGGUGGGCGGGUUCAGCGCUCUCUGCUCAGGGAUUGGAUGAAGAGGCUGUCAGUCAAACCCUGCUCAGACUGUGUCAGCCAGUAGAGACGGAGGAUGUGAGGAGGGAGAACGGACAGAGGGGGGAGGAGCCAGGACCGGGGGGCGGAGUCUGUCCCCACACAAAGAGGCUGAGAAGGUUGGACCCACAAGACCUGAACCCUGACCGCGAACCUGAUCCCAGCUCGGACCAGGACUCUGACUUCAACCCUGACCCCGUCUCUGACACCAGCUCAGACUCUGACUCUGAACCUGGUCCUGAUCCGGAUCCUUUGGUUCCAGGUCCUGGUUUUGUCCUGGUGGUCUCUGACAGUGAGGUGCGUGGGGGGGUCGGGCAGGUCCGGCGGACUCCGCUCUCUCUCACAGAGUACCUGCAGCUCAGUCUGGAGGAGGCCUUCUUCCUGGUCUACAGCCUGGGCUGCCUGUCUGUCUACCUGCACCAGGAGCCGCUGUCAGUUAUCCAGCUGUGGAGGAAGUUCCGUGUGUGCGUCUGUGGAGGAAGUUCCGUCGCAGCCCGAUCAGCACUGUCGCAGGCACUGCGGAGGGGGUGGGUCCCUAAAGGAGGGGGCGGGGCCAAGUACGGCGUCGACCUCAUGUUGUACAGGAAAGGCCCACCUUUCUACCACGCCAGUUAUUCGGUGGUGAUUGAGCGGGUUGAUGAUGCGUUCAGGGGCUCUGCGUUGCGUCCGUUCUCGUGGCGUUCUCUGGCGGCUCUCAGCAGGAUCACCUCCAACGUCUCCAAGGAGCUGAUGCUGUGUUACAUCAUCUAUCCAGCCGACCUAUCGGAGGCCGAGCUGGACUCACCUGUCUGUCUGAGCAGACUGAAGGUUCAGGAAGUGAUCGUCAGCAGGUGGGUUUCCUCCAGAGAACGAACGGAGCAGGACGACAUCUGAUUGGCCGACAGGAGACUUCAGAGACUGAUGAUGUCACAAAGAGACUGAUGAUGUCACAAGGAGACUGAUGAUGUCACAAGGACUGCAAACUCAACACGUCCUCCAUGUUUACCUGUUUGUCUCGAUACAUCGGACUGUUUAUAAAGAUGGACGACAUGUCCCCCCGUGUGAGGGUGAACUGUCCCUUUAAUGCUGCGUUCCAGCUGCACAGCGCCAAACAUAAAUAAAAAACAUGGCCGACUGUGACACACUGGAGUCUGUUUCCUGAUUAACGUUGUGCAGAGAAGACGACUUGAGAGCUUGUUUACCUUAACCUGCUACCUGGUGACAUCACGUACUGUGACAUCAGCCCUUAACCUGCUACCUGGUGACAUCACGUACUGUGACAUCAGUCCUUAACCUGCUACCUGGUGACAUCACGUACUGUGACAUCAGUCCUUAACCUGCUACCUGGUGACAUCACGUACUGUGACAUCAGCCCUUAACCUGCUACCUGGUGACAUCACGUACUGUGACAUCAGCCCUUAACCUGCUACCUGGUGACAUCACUGUGUGACAUCAGCCCUUAACCUGCUACCUGGUGACAUCACUGUGACGUCAGUCAACAUGCAGAGCAGGUUUUGUGAUAUUAUAUGACGUCAUGUGUACGUCCCGUCCGACUGAAGCUCCGUAUACGUCCUUUCACUAAAUGACACUUCAGAUCUGAGUUAUGACUCCGAGGAGGAGUGUGAAACUACAAUAACUAACUUCCUGUAGUUUUUAAACACCUGCAUGCACCUUUCACCUUCCGUUUCCCCGCGCUGCAUUACACACAUUACAUGUACGUCCAGAUGAUGUCAGGUUACCUGUAAUCUGCCUGUCUCCAUUAUAUAUACCAUAAUAUAGGAUUUACUGUUAUAUGGGAGUCUUUAGUGAAGGUGUUAGUGGCACAUUAACACACGCACAUUGCUUUAUAUGAAUUAUAUCACUUUAAUAAAUACUAUUGUUUUUAUAGUAUAUACCACA